AUGCCCUCCCCACCCAUCCGCCUCGGCAUACUCGAAUGCGACACGCCCCUCCCCAACACCAAAGCCCGCUUCGGCGGCUACGGCGGCGUCUUCGAGUUCCUCCUCAAGCGCGGCGCCCGCGCCCUGCAGGACCCCCAGCUCAACCCGGACACAGCCCUGCAAAUCACCAAGUGGCAGGUCGAGCAGGACCCGACGCGCUACCCGUCGCUGGACGACGUGGACGCCAUCCUCAUCACGGGCUCCAAGCACGACUCGUUCGCCGACAACCCCUGGACCAACACGCUGGUCGAGUACACGGCCAAGGUGCUGGCACAGGACCGCGUGCGCGUCAUCGGCGUGUGUUUCGGGCACCAGAUCGUCGCGCGGGCCAUGGGGGUCGAGGUGGGGCGCAAUGACGGCGGGUGGGAGGCGGCCGUGACGGAAGUGCAGCUGACCGCGAAGGGCAAGGAGAUCUUUCGGACCAAGGGCGACAAGCUGGCCAUCCACCAAAUGCACCGCGACAUCGUCUACCGCUACCCCCCGGGCGUCGAGUCGCUGGGCCACUCGCCCGUCUGCAAAGUGCAGGGCAUGUACGCACCGCGGCGGCUGCUGACCGUGCAGGGCCACCCGGAGUUCAGCCAGGAGAUCAUGGACGAGAUCCUGGACACGCGGCACAAGACGGGCAUCUUUGACGACGCGGCCUACGACGCGCACAUGAAGAAGGUGAAUUUGGAGCAUGAUGGCGUUCUUGUCAGUCAGGCGUUUUUGAGGUUCUUGCUGGAGGAUUGA